GCCCGACGGCACUAGGAGGCGCACCCGCAAUGAACUGGCUGCCCGCAGUGCUCGCCGCAAUGCCCCUGGCAAUCAAAGGGAGAGAGCCGACACUGCGGCCCCCCGUGCUCAGGAGAUGAAUCAGCAGCCCUGGCGACAAGCGGCCGAUCGCGAGAGCCGACAGCCACACUGGCAGAAUGCGCGGGGAGCCGACGCUCGGCCCCGGGAUCAACAUCAGGACUGGUACUACGACGAGGAGGACGAAGACGACGAGGACUACCAGUUUGACACCAGUGACCGGCACGAAGUACAUGCGACGGAAGACGACGAGGGCUACCUCAAGAUCUGGUGGCAGGGAGAAUGGUGGUUCCGGCAGAAACCGCCGGACCCACCGGCAUCGCCAAAGAAGAGACAGCAGGCUAGCAGCUCGAGCGAGCAAAGGAGGCCUACCACGGAGGGAGCCGUACCUCCGGCCCCUGCCCAGCAUGUCUCCGAGGGCCUCAAGCAGUUCGUCCCCCCUGCCCGAGACAGUGUACCCCCACAAUCCUUGAGAGCCGUGCGUGAGAAAUGGAACCUGCUGGCCAUAAUCGAAGAUGACAUCAAUGUCCUGCGCAAGAAGAAGGUCGCCCUCAUGUUCAAAACUUUCUUCGAAAUGGGGCACUUCGUCAAGCAUCAUGACGACUUCCACCACUCGGAGUCCCUGAAGAUCAUCCCGGCCGCAGGCAAUUGGAACCUUGCGUUUGUCAUGUGCCUGAUUUCCAGAGACAAGCUCAAUUACGCGAACCACUCCACCUUCGGCACGGCAGUGGAAUGCUGGCUAUGGAGCCUGUCAAAAGAUGCGGACUUCGAGCCCAUCCUCACCCAGUUCGCCGGCAUGCUGCACAGCGUAAUCGCACUGUUUGAGGGAGUCCCCAUGUCGCUGCAUGAACAAAUCCAUUGGUUCGAUAGUCAUCAAGACCUGGCAAUCAAAUUCGACUACUACUUCCCCACCGAGCAACUGAAGGAUGAUGAGCAAAUUGUCCGAGUGGCAAUUCAGGACCAAACCAGCCAGGACAGCAGAGAUGAUGACAUGCCGGACAGGACCUCCAAGCACAUGGGAAACACGGCUCCUGCAACCCGGACUGCCGAGCUGGCUUCAUCUGAUGCCUAUGUGGAGAUGGAGGUUGACUACCCUACGGGGCAAACGCCACCAAAUCAAUCUGACAGCAUCCCCCACUCCCCGCGCAGGGUCGAGAGAUACGACAUCUACACGGAGACGACCUACGCCAGCAGUGAUGGCACCUCUCUGCCCACGCCAGCACGCGAUUCGGCCCCCCUUGGGGAGCCGACGAAGCUCUACUGGAAACUGGAUCAGUCUCUCUCCAAAAGACUGUCAGUUGUUCUGAGGCACGACUCUGAAGACUUCGGCUUGACGUUCGACGAGGCAGGGUGGACCAAGGUGUCAGACCUUUUACGCACCUCCAUCAUGAAGGAGAAGGGGGCUACCCUCAACUACAUCCGCUCGGUGGUCUACUGGAACGACAAGCAACGCUUCGCGCUCGAAUGGCGCGGUGCCGAUCUCUACAUCAGGGCGGUUCAAGGUCACUCCAAGAAAGGACUACGUGAUGAAGCGGUCAUGCGGCCCCUUGGGGAUGCCGAGUUGCCGGAGUACGUCCUCCAUGCAACCAACUGGGACUUCUACGGCUCGAUCUUGGCGAAGGGCAUCAUCACGGGAGGCCUCUCCCAGUCCCGGACACACAUUCAUUGCGUUUCAGUAGACAGAAGUGAAUAUCGGAAUUACCCCGCGCAUUGUGACAUCGCAAUCAUACUCUCCCCGAAAGAAUCGGGGGCCGUUUGGUUCCGUUCAAUGAACGGCUACUACUUAACCCGGGGUGCCGAUGGCAAGCUGGCCCCGCAUUGUAUAAAGGCCGUCAGGAUCCUGGCAUCGGGAGAAGAAGUUUUUGGCUCAGAGGGGCCACCGGCUGCUGACAUCGUCAUGCAGGCCAUUGUUCGGAAUAUGAUCGACGAGAUGUCCCAGACGCACAUCACCGAGCCGCGCUGGUCCCAAGUCCAGCGGCUGGGCCCCAAGCUUUCGAAGUCUCUUCUGGAUGUGGAUUCUUAUCCUUUGUGGCAAUACGUAAUCACCACAACAGCAUCGGGUGGAUCGCCAAGAGAUCGCUGCGACGAGCUCGCGCACGAGCCUAUGCCACAGGCGGCCUGGCAAGAACUCAUGUCAUGGUUAAGUGAGAAACCAGAUGACUUUGACAUUGUGUUCGUGCAGGAAACACACUGGAAACAGGAGGGGUGCCGCACUUUCUCGUCCGGCCCCUGGUUCGUCGUCUCCUCAGGGGCUACAGGCAAAGACAAAUGCUCAGGAGUUGCCACUCUGAUCCAUCAGAAUGUCUGUAAGCAAGAUAAUGUUAGCUACAGGGUUCUUAGGCAAGGCAGAGUACUCUCGGUUCGACUGCAUCACCAGCAGAACGGCUCCGAUCUUCUGAAUGUCUACCAGCAUGUGUGGAGGACAAACAUUGACAAAGCCGAGAACCUGAAAGCUCGGGCCUCAAUCUGGGAUGCGAUGCGGUCUAGCAUCAUGAAGAGUCCACAACGGAACGACUUGAUUAUUGCGGGAGACUUCAACUGCUCCAUCAAAACCUCGAGGGGAUUGAUUGGUAGUGCCGUUGUAGCCAAAGUAGAGGGAUCGCCUGACGAAGAUGACUUUCUCGGAAUACUCCAGGCAGAUGAUCGGGCUAAGAAGUUAAAGCACCUCAUCGACGCGGAUAUUCAGAAGCUGGACCCUGACUUGCAUCUUCACAGCUUUACGCGGCAGGUGGAUGAGAUCAUGAAAGAACACAUGCAAACCGUCUACCCUCCCGAACCUGAAGUUGACAACCGCGUUUCGCAGAAUCCGCAGUUUAAACACACCGCGAAAGAGAUGUGGGCUAAGUACAAGGAAUGGAAAUCCACCAAAGCGAACAGCUUAAUCGAAACUCUCCGGAAAUGGAAAAAGUACACUGAGUUUCGCGUGGCCUCUAAAGCGAUGAAACAAACUGCCAAGAAAAUUAAACGUGAAAAGCUGCAGGCUGUCGCCGAGGCCAAAGACCUCGUUUGGGCUCUAGGAAAACUACCAUUUCGCAAAGGGGUGCCGAAGAUGUCGGCCCCGGCAGCAGUUUGGAGAUUGUGCCGUGACCAGGUUAAAUGCGCAGGAGGCAUAUGCUUCUCCCUUGACCUUGAGGGGGCAUUCGACAAUGUACCUCGCACUGCCCUUGCCACUAGCCUGAGACGCCUAGGGGUCUCCGACACGCUGGUGCAACUCCUUAUGCAGUUCCAUUUUGAGGCAAGGUAUCACUGCUCAGUUGGCGUUCAUGAGGACCACGUCACGACCACACGAGGCAUCAAACAAGGCUGUACGGUCGCGCCGUAUUUGUUUGUGGCACACACAAUUGCUAUCAUUGACACACUAGCGGAGCGCCUGGGCUGGGACUGGGUAACGCAGCUGUUCACUUUUUACGCCGACGACGCCUUAGCUGCAUGGACGUUAAAAAGCGCCGAAGACCUUCAGGGUGCCAUUUGCGGCAUCCAAAAAGUCGUGCAAACCUUUAACGACCACGGUAUGACUCUCAGCGCAACCAAAUCGGUCGUGCUGUGUCACGCCAAGGGAGCAGAUGCCAUUAGGAUUUUGCAGAAACUUAAAGUCUUUAAGGACAAACUCCCACACCUUGCCUUCAUGCAACACGGCGAGCAGAUUCUGAUCCCUCUCAGGAAAACACAUCAGUACCUAGGUACCGUCAUUUCCUAUAGAGAUGCCCAGGAGAAAACUGUUCAGCUACGUAUGCGUAAGGUACCAAAUCUGGAGAGCCGGGGUGUGGAGCUCAGCAGCGCACGGGCUACUGGCGGUGGGCGUUAG